AGCCGCAGUGCUCGAUGGGAGUGAAACAGAUGAGGAGACGCUAAACGUUAGGGUACAUCAUGGCUGCCGCCGCGGCUCGGCACUAGACGGGACAGUUGUUUUUUUCUAAACUCGGGAAGCUGGUUGCGUUUUAAUUUCGGGUUAAAAGGCAGAGGAGACCGCCAUGGCUCGGUGCGCCCAGUCGGUGCACGAGUUCAUCCAGGACUCGUUCGUGCCCAUGGUGGCCGUGUUGUGCAGCGACGACGCCGAGAGACUGAGCCGCAAAAACAACCUGAGCUUCCACGAGCUGCUGCGGCCUUUCUGCCGGCUGACCUCGGAAGGUCACCUGCGUGACCCCAAUAACCAGAUCUUGGUGGUGAAGGGGCUCAGGAUCAGUGUGACCGAAGUGAACACUCAGCCAGCGCAAUCCACCGAGCUUCAUGGACUCCUGGGCCAGGCCGUGUCAGCCUGUCAGCCUCCCGAAGGCCACGCUGCUAACGUCAUUACUGCUGGAGACUACGACCUCAACAUCAGCGAACGCUCGGUCAAAGCUAGCGUUCCCUGGUACUCUGACUGGAGAGAAACGUUCACCCAGCUCAGCUCCUCCAAAUACUAUACAGCAACAACACCAUGGUUUGAAGCAUACAGGGAGAGUUUUCUACAGUCCAUGCCUGCGUCGGAUCACGAGUUCCUUAACCAUUAUGUGGCCUGUAUGCUGGUGGUGUCGUCUCACGAAACCGUGCCCACUGAGCAGUUUCAGAAGCUCUCUCAGGAGCAGCACAGGAUCCAGCACAGUGGAGAGUACGCCUACCCCAAAUGGUUCAUCCCCAACACUCUGAAAUACUACAUCCUACUUCAUGACGUCAUUGACGGCGACGAGAAGAGGGCAGACUCCAUAUAUGAAGAGAUGAAGCAGAGGUAUGGUACUCAGUGCUGUUACCUGUUAAAGAUCAACUCUGGAACCGGUGCUGCUGGGCCAGACGAGCAAAUGCCAGACCCUUGGAGUCAGUAUCUACAAAAAAACAUCAGCUCUGAGCAGUACGAAGAAGCUGUGGUGAAUAAUGUCGAGGAGAAUAACAUUAACUCUGAAGUGGAUGGACUUCACACCUCAGAUGCAAUCACCGAUACCCAUCCACUAAAACUGGACCCGACAGCUGACCCCGGUUAUGCUUGCAACCACGGCGAGGCUAUAAACAGUGUGGACACGGAUCUGUCGAGGUCCCAGAAACAGACCCCCACAUCACCACAGGCUCACGGAGUCUGCUUAACCCUCAACGACCAUGACCGCAUCCGCCAAUUCAUCCAGGAGUUCACCUUUCGAGGACUGCUGCCACACAUUGAGAAAAACAUCCGCCAGCUUAAUGAUCAGUUGGUGUCAAGGAAAGGGUUAAGUAGAUCUCUGUUCUCAGCUACGAAGAAGUGGUUUGGAGGUGGCAAGGUACCAGAGAAGAGCAUUGCUGAACUCAAAAACACUGCAGGACUUCUAUACCCCCCAGAAGCCCCUGAGCUGCAAAUUAGAAAGAUGGCUGACCUGUGCUUUUUGGUUCAGCACUAUGAGUUGGCAUACAACUGUUACCACACCGCCAAGAAGGACUUCCUCUCUGACCAGGCCAUGCUGUAUGCUGCUGGAGCACUGGAGAUGGCUGCCGUAUCUGCCUUUCUACAGAGUGGAGCCCCCAGGCCGUACCCUGCCCACUACAUGGAGACGGCCAUCCAGACAUAUCGAGAUGUUUGCAAAAACAUGAUCUUGGCUGAGCGCUGUUCUCUACUAAGUGCUGAGGUGCUGAAGAGUCAGGGCAAAUACUCAGAAGCUGCAGCUCUUCUCAUCAAGAUGACCAGUGAGGAUUCGGAUCUGCGGAGUGCUCUCUUAUUGGAGCAGGCAGCUCACUGCUUCAUUAAUAUGCGCAGCCCAAUGGUGAGGAAGUUUGCCUUCCACAUGAUCCUGUCGGGCCACCGUUACAGCAAAGCCGGGCAGAAGAGACAUGCAUUACGGUGUUACUGCCAGGCCAUGCAGGUUUAUAAAGGGAAGGGCUGGACUCUCGCCGAAGAUCACAUCAACUUCACCAUCGGCCGACAGUCGUUCACUCUGAACCAUCCCGAAAACGCUAUAGCCGCCUUCCGGCACAUUCUCAUCGGCGACAGCAAGCAGUCCGCUGUGCAGCAGAGCGCCUUCCUCAGGGAAUACCUGUAUGUGUACAGGAGCGCGAGUCAGCCGUCUAACGAGAACGCUCUGCCCCAUCUGCCUCUGCCUUGCUUACUCUGCACCCAGACACGCGUGUUCUUCGGCCACGAACGCCGACUUGCAGAGGGGGAAAAGCAAGCAGCCACCCAUGUGUGGCUGGACCAGGAAUACGACAAGGAACAGUCCCAGCUGUGGGUGGAGCUGGAAGAGCAGGUAGUGGCUGUAGUAAACAGGGGUAGCCUACCAAUCAGCUUCCAGCCGACGCAGUACUGCUUCAGCAGCCACACCGAUAAUCUGCGCUACCCUCUCGCUGUGGUGGAAGAGCCCAUUGUCGUGGAAGUGGUGUUCAGAAAUCCUCUAAAGGUUCCACUGGCUUUGUCUGAGCUGUCUCUGCUGUGGAAGUUCACACCAAAAGUCUUUUCUGGGACUCAAGGAGGCACGAUUGGAGAAACCAUCUCCAAUGAAAAGGAGGCAGCCUCAAGCAAGGCCACAGCACUCGAUGACCUUAUCAGCACUGAAGUCAUUCCAGAGUUCCUUAUGAAUCCUGAAGAAACAAAAGUGGCUCGCUUGAAGUUGCUUCCUUAUAAAACCGGAGCGCUGCAUGUACUUGGUGUGGUGUACAACCUGGGCACAGGAGAGGAGGACAACACUGGGGAAGCAGCCAGUCCUUUGAUGUGUGUCCGCGGGAGGCAGGAUCUGGAGAUCCAGGGGCCGAGACUGAACACGACCAAAGAGGAGAAGACCUCUGUCCAACACGGAUCAGACCGUCGCCUUGAACCCAUCAUCACUCCUCCAAUGCCUCUGCUGGAGGUGUUUUUCAUUAACUUCCCCACGGGCCUGCUGUGCGGCGAGAUCAGAAAAGCGUGGGUGGAGUUCAUCAACGUGAGCGCCGUUCCCCUCGCUGGCUUGCGGGUGGUGUCCACCCACCCAGAGUUCUUCACUUUUGGAAGUGCGACCUCUGACCUCACCCCAGUGACCCCCACUGCUGCCGAACACUGCUCCGCUUACAAAACGAUGGCCACGCCGCCGUCAGUGGCCGCAGUGACUCUGGUAUCUCCCGCGUCGUUCGGCGUGACGGGGGAUGACCGGCCCGCGAUCGCUGAGAUUCCGUUAACGGCAGGAGUUCUGGGACCAGGUGAGGCACUACAGAUACCACUGUGGCUCAGAGGACCUGACCGCGAGGGCGUGCACGAGAUUCACUUCCUGUUUUACUACGAGAGCGUGGAGAAAAAUGCAAAGCUCAGCCACCGGGUGCUGCGGCACACAGCCUUCAUCUGUGCAAGUCGUUCCCUGAGCGCGAGAGUGACGGCAUGCCGCAGUAACGUGCUGCCAGGAGAAGUCAGGAAUGAGGAAAAGGGGGAGGAGCGCAGCGGCAGCAUGCUGGUGUUCGUGGAUGUGGAAAACAUCAACACUAGCGAAGCAGGAGUGCGCGAGUUCCACAUAGUGCAGGUGUCCAGCAGCAGCAGACACUGGAGGCUACACAAGUGCAUCAAUCCUGCUGGAGACAAAGAUUCUAAAUUGGGCAGCAGGGAGAGGGGGAAGCUGUGCUUCAGGGCAACUAGAUGCAGAACACAGGAAGCUACCUCAGACUCAGUAGAAAAGUACACUUUUGCUGACCUAAACCUUGGAAAUGAACAGAUUGUCAGUUCUAUGACUCCGUGUGCCGACUUCUUUUUCCGGAGAGGUCCGCCAUCCGAGCCGCGGAAAAGGGUCGUGUCUCAAGGUGCGGCCUCACACAUGAGGAGGCAGAGCCUCACCCCUGCGGGCAGGACGGAUCACAACCUGACUAGUGUUAUACGGAAAUGCAGUGAAGUGGAACUCGACAUCAUCGUCCUUUGGAAGGCGUAUGUUGUGGAGGACAACAAGCAGCUCAUUUUAGAGGGACAACUCCACGUUGCUUUGCAAACUAUCGGCAAGGAGGCGUGCUCGCUCGCACAAAAAGAGGAAGCACAGGAGAUGGUGCUGCUAAAGUUCAAGCCUGAUCCUCCACCUCCUGUUGGCAAACCCUCGCUGGAACAGCUUUCUCAUCUCAUCAAGACCUGUCUGCACUAUCCUGAGUCCUAUGACCACCCUUUCCCACAGAAAAGUUUAUGCAUGGUACCAGUUACCCUGACUCUCUCCAACAGUUCCUUGGCUCAGGUGGAUGUGAUCAUUGACCUGCGGCAGAAAACGACAAGCCCCGAGUCACUUGAGGUGCAUGGUGCGUUUACAUGGUUGGGACAGACCCAGUACAAGCUGCAGCUGAGGCCACAGGAAGUCCACCAGCUCUCGCUGAAGGCCUGCUUUUUCCAGGCUGGUGUUUAUAACCUGGGCACGGCACGGGUAUUUGCCAAGCUUGCCCAGUCAGGCACCUUGUGUGAGACCAGCCAGCAGACCGCGAUGCCAGCUCUCAUCAUCAUUAACAGUGUGUGAGCCUGUCAUGGGUGCAGUCCUGCUGCUACUGCUUCAGCCUGCUUCAACUCACCCCCUCCUUCCACAGCACAUUUUCUUUCAGACUACAGCAGUUUUCUACUUUAAAAUAAUGAAAUAAAACUAAAAUUGGAGGGGGCACGGGGGCAGUGUACUGAAGUUAACACGUUCAUAUGCAUCUGACAUUCUUGUAAUCUCUGGGGAGAUGAUAAAGACCAAUGUGUGUACCCUUGUUGUUUUUGUCUUAAAUGCAGAGAAUGGAUUUUAAGCAUAAGGGGUUUUUUGUUUUGUUUUUUUUCUUUUCCAAGAAUAUUUCUCAUAUCACUAUUUUUAUUUUAUGAAUCCAUUUUAUUUACCCGAAACAACACAUAUGACUAAACCUGUGUGUGUGUGCACAAGCAAACGCGUGCAUGCGUGGAUGUUGCUAAACAAAUGGGUGUUCAAUCUCUUCAGAUUGCCAGUGUUUCAGGCACAAUGCUUCAUUUCUGUACUAACAAAGACUUCGCUCCAUGUGGAUACUUGAAGCUGCGUAAUUAAAAAUGUAACCUGCUACAGGACUUGUUUUCUCAA